AUGCCAUCCCGCGAUCAAAUCCACUACUUCGGUGCCGGCCCCGCGCCUCUGCCAACGCCAGUGCUGGAAGAAGCCUCCAAAGUCCUCCUCAACUACAACGACUCUGGCGUGGGCAUCACCGAAAUCUCCCACCGCAGUGCAGACGCCAACGCCAUCCUCGCCGCGACUCAACAAGCUUUGCGUCAAUUGCUCGACAUCCCCGAGUCAGAUGGUCCGGAUGGCUACCAGAUCCUCUUCCUCCAGGGUGGCGGCAGUGGGGAGUUCAGUGCGGUCGUCUUGAACAUGGUCAGCGCCUGGGUGGGCGGGAAGUUGAAGGAGGUCGGCGGCGAUGAGGCCAAGCUGGCGGAAGUGGUGAAGAACCAGCUCAAGUUGGACUACUUCGUCACUGGAUCCUGGUCCCUCAAAGCCUCCCAAGAAGCCGCCAGACUCGUCGGAGGCGAGCACGUCAACAUCGUGACAGACUCCAGAAAACACCGCGACGGCAAGUUCGGCGUCAUCCCAGUGCAAUCCACCUGGACCGCCACCGCAGACAACGCCUCAACCGCCCUGACAUACUACUGCGACAACGAAACCGUCGAUGGGGUGGAAUUCCAAUCCACGCCCACAGGCCACAACCUCGUCGCGGACAUGAGCUCCAACUUCCUCUCCCGCCCCGUCGAAGUCUCCAAACACGCCGCCAUCUUCGGCGGCGCGCAGAAGAACGUCGGCACCACGGGCAUCACCAUCGCCAUCAUCUCCAACCGCAUCCUCCCUCCCCACGCCGAACUCGCCAAGCCAGAACUCCUCCGCAAGCUGGGCCUACCCGUCGGACCCGUCGUGCUGGACUGGCCCACCAUCGCCAAGAACAACAGCCUGUACAACACCCUCCCCAUCUUCGACGUCUGGAUCGCAGGCAAAGUCAUGGAGCGUCUGUUGCAGAUCCAUCCUACCUCUUCCGGGCCCAAGAUCGCCGGCCAGCAGGCUGAGAGUGAUAAGAAGUCGCAAUUGCUGUACUCGACUCUCGACAGCAAUAGCAAUGUCUACCACGUCGUACCUGAUAAGAGCGUCCGCAGCAGGAUGAACAUCUGCUUCCGUGUCAAGGGUGGAGACGAUGCUGCUGAGAAGGCCUUUUUGAAGGGUGCUGAGGAGAGGGGUCUGCUGGGGUUGAAGGGGCACCGCAGUGUUGGUGGUAUUCGUAUCAGCAAUUACAAUGCUGUGCCUGUGGCGGCCGCGGAGAAGUUGGCGAAAUAUUUGCAGGACUAUGCCAAGCAGGCGUAA